CUCCGCGCCGGAGCCACGCUCCAGACCGGCCACCGCUCCGGAGCGAGCCCGAGCCCUUCCUCCGCCAGGAGUUGCAGUUCGUCUCCGAUCCCCUUGGGAUUUAAACCUUCUUGCGUAUAUAUAUAUAGAUAUAUAUAUAUAAUUUUACCCCCUUUCCUCCUCCUCCUUUUUCUCCCGUGCAAAGUGGAGAAGGAACUGCACCAAGGCAGCCCGCGAGAUCUCGCAGUAUUGCUCCUAUUUAUCACUGCUAUUAUUCGUAAUUGAUUAUUAUUUUUAACCUCGCCGCAGCCGGGGAGGGGAGCGGGACCAUUCCCGGCAGCAGGAACAUUGCGAUCCUUAUCAAUAAAGAUUUUUGAUUUUUUUUUACCCCCUCUGCCCCACCCCCCCGUCCCCCCGCUUUUUGAGAGAGGGGAGCGGGUGGAGGUUGAGCGCAGCGGGGUGGGGGGAAGCCGGCAGCCAGCUCCGGCCCCCCGGUCCCGGUCCCGGUGUCGGAGCGGGAGGCCGCGGCGGCAGGGGGAGGCGGGCCCCGGCGCCGCCCGCCGAGAGGGGGGCCAGCCGCCCCAGACAGGUGAUGGGCGUUUCGGCUGCGCUCCGGAUCGACUCCUUGGGUUUCACUUUGGUCUGAUCUAAGCAAAUAUGCAGAAGUACCGGCUGGUCUAGUCCUAAGAGCCAAGAGGAGCGAGCGAGAGCGGCGGGAAGGAGAGCGGCCGCUCUCCCGUAGCGAGGGGAACAUACAAACAGCGGCCGCGCCGCGAUUCAAGCACCGCCGCCCCGAGGCAGCCCCGACCCGCCCUGGAUGCGGAGCACCCCCGAGCCGCCCCGCCGCCUUUCCCCUGAGGGAUGGUACUGAAUCUCUGCGCGGCAGGAGCCGGCCUGCAGCUCCUCUCCAUCAGCGUUGCCUUCCCUCCGUGUCUAAAGUGCACUAGACCGCGAUGAGGACCUGGGCUUGCGUUUUGCUGAUAGGUUUUGGCUACCUGUCCUUUACCUUCUCCGAGGAGGCCGAGAUCCCGCAGGAGCUGAUCGAGCGGCUGGCGCACAGCGAGAUCCACAGCAUCCGCGACUUGCAGCGCCUCCUGGAGAUUGACUCCGUAGGAUAUGAUGAUGUUUCAGAAACAAACUUGAGAUCUUACAGUGUUCAUUCUGCUAAACAUGUGCAAGAGAAUCGUCCUGUGCCCAUUCGCAGAAAAAGAAGCAUUGAGGAAGCUAUCCCAGCUGUCUGCAAAACACGGACGGUUAUAUACGAGAUACCUCGGAGUCAGAUUGAUCCCACCUCUGCCAACUUCCUGAUAUGGCCACCCUGCGUGGAAGUGAAACGUUGCACUGGCUGCUGCAACACCAGCAGCGUGAAAUGCCAGCCCUCGCGGAUACAUCACAGAAGUGUCAAGGUGGCAAAAGUGGAAUAUGUUAGAAAAAAGCCAAAAUUAAAAGAAGUUCUGGUGAGAUUAGAAGAGCAUAUGGAAUGCACCUGUACAUCAUCAAAUACUAAUUCAGAUUAUAGAGAAGAAGAAACUGGCGAGACCGAGGCAUGGAGAAAUGACUGUGCAAGGUCACACAGCAAGGCUAUGGCAGAACCAGGGAUAGGACUCAGAUCUGAGUGCUCAUCCAGUGCCCUAAAUCACACGACCAUCUUCCCUUUCCAAGAAUGAAUCCUUGCACCCUUAGAGCUAAAUACUGAAAAGAUUGAGGUUGCCCUGUUCUACACCUUAGAAGGAAGAGACAUCGCACUGAAUGUAUCUGGCUGCAAAGAGGACAGCAGGAACAUGGAUUUACUGUUAGUGAGUUGAUGGUCUCAGUAUUGUGAGGCAGAAAUAUUUCAUAUUUGUAAAGCACCCAGAGAUCCUACAGAUAACAAGUAAUCAGCUCUUGUAUUUCACUCAGAUUGUAAGGAUAGCUUUGCUGUAUGUAUGAACGUAUUUUAGGCAGCAAGGCAUUUCCAUCAGGGCUGAAACACACGGGUAGUGAAGCUUGAAUAUUUUCUUCUUAUGUACAGGCAAGAUGUUUAAAUAUUGGGUUGGUUGCUCUUUGCAUCUUUAGGCACCCAGAUGCUUCUAAACUUGUGGUCACUGGAAGGCUGUAGUCUUAGUGAAAAUCAAGAGGCAUUUGCCCUUGUGAAAGUUCUUACUCAUGCUUGAAAGUGAGAUUUGGACUCCUAAGUCACAAAGAUGCUUUUGCAAAUGUUGUAUCUGUCUUUCUGCUUCUCUAUAAAUCAACCUGCUUGGCCUGAACUGAAUGUUUAAAUAAUAAACAGCUGAAGGACAGUCUCAUUGCUUCUUUCUGAGCAUUUCCCUUAUGGAGCACUUGGGGUCACAUGGCAUCUGCUCUGACCUUAUGGACCUGCUUUUUGGAGGCUUUUUUAUGAUGCUAACAAACCCCACAUUUUAACUAGCCGUAAAAUAAGCCAGUCAGUGGUAACUAUUCAGGACAGGGAUUAGAAGAGUAUUCUUUCUGGGAUACAAGAUGGCUCUGUCCAUGUGCUGGCCAGGGAUGAAGGGCUGGAAAACUGUGUGGUGGAAGAGACUAUUAAUGUGAUUUUCCACGACUUUCCUUGCAGCUGCAUUUUUGAGGAGAGAGAGAGAUGGCUAGGCUUGCAGUAACAUGUUGUGCCGUCAUAAAUGCUACAGCCACCAUCUGUUUCCAGCCCACGACUUGAAAGAAAACUGAGCAGUAAUCUCAUAAUUCACAUGAGCAUUUUACACUUGUGAACCCUUCCCAACCUUUGUCUAAUAAUGAGAGGAGUGCAUGGUGCUAAGGUUUGUAUUUUUCCUGCACGUAUUAGUGUUUAUUUGUAUGUCUCUUUCUGUUGUGUUGUGUUUUGUUUUGUUGUUUUUUUAUUAUGGGCCCAUAAAAAAAUUUCUCUGUGAGGCAAGUCAGACCAGUUCCAUGGUCAAAAGAAACAUAAUGAAGGCAAAAUCCCAAUCCCAUUGACCCUGCUGGCAAAAUUCGACAGGAGGAAGUGCAUUUAACAUUCCUCGUUGUAUCUGUCUUAGUUACUUGUUGAUUAAAAGAAAGACAUUAGAAAGUGAAGUGGCAGGUUGCUGAACUGCCCUUUCCCCACAGAAACAGAGCUGCUAGAAUAGCUGGCCAUGUGCGUUUUAAACCCGCACCAUCAGAUAGGAUGGUAAUGGUAGGUUGGAUUUUAAUGAAAACAAAUUCUUCUGCUAAUCUUCGCUUCGGGCUGGCCCUCCGUGGGAUUAAGGAUACCACCUGCUGUGCCAAAGACAUGCUCAGGUUCGAGGCUGCUGGUGGGUGGGAAGAACACAGACAUCCGAGAGUGCCUCUGGAGAGCGAUCUCUGUCUGUCCUGUUGCAGUGCCCUCAGGGAAGCCAAAGAAUUGAGAUCAUUCAGUUGAUGGAAAUACUGUUCCCCUCCAGCCUGCAAAGCAAGGCGAGCAUCAUUAAGGAUUCCUUUUUGACUGUUCUGCAAAACCAAGGGCUGCUGUUUCUCUGGGCCUCCUCUCGUCUUUGGACCUAAUUUGCACGCCUCCUGCUAGCACAGCCGAACCCGCUGAAUGAACUCCUCCUCUCCUCUGGCCUUAGAAGCAAUGACUUUCAUCAUCUUGACCAGACUGCUGAGCAGUUUAGGGAUGAAAGGGCUUCUCAUUUCAUAUAUCUCACUGCUGCUAGAACUAUAAAUCCCUGAUGGACUGAGUUUAUAGCAAACUGCUACUGCAAGCAAAUGAAAUUUAUUUUGUGUUGUCAUAUGUAUGGUCAAAUUGUCCAAGAAGUUGCCAAACGAACUGAGCUGCUGAUGGGCAACCCAUUCGAUCUCUUCUCAUUUUAUUUAAAAAUAAUAAUAAAUAACUAUCGAUCAGAGGAACUUAUUUUGACAUGUGCUACCUGUCGGGUGAUCCUCAGUAUCUUCCAGAUGUGUAUGUAAGUCGAAGAAAGCUGCCACUUGUUGCCAGGUCCAGCAGUCAUGACCUGAAGUUCCACCAAGAAAAGGUUUGUGGGCUCAAGUGGGACUGGGGACAGGUGAAAGGCCACCUUCUUUUUUAGCACUGCUUGCUGUUCUGAAUGUGUUUGGUCAGGUAGCAAGGGUGUGCAGAGGCCACAUCCAGCCACGCUGACCUCUGCUUGAAUCAGUGACAAAGGUUCAUUGACCUGUGUAUGACAGUGGCCCUUCUGUCUUGCAGUUUAGUCAAAGAUAUAUUGUUGGGGGAUCUCUGGGGCCCAGAAAGUUGGCCCAUGUCUAUUUUGGUGCCUUGUGAUGGCAGAUAAGCUAAAAAGAAAAUAGUAGAAACUCUUCAAGCUGAUGGGGUCUGAACCAUAUAUAUAUUUCUAUAUCAUUUUCUUAUAGAGCAAACAAGCCUGAAAAGUUCCCUUACUUUUAUUUUUUACCAGGGUACUUAAUUAUAGCUGGGGUGUUGGGAGCUGGGGCAUGAAACAGACUUUCCCCACUUAUUCCUGUCAUUCUGCUGGAUUCCAUCUCUGCAGCCUCCCUUGUCUGUAUUUUAUGGACACAUCUGGUGUAUCUGCCCUGCACACGUGCUGGUCUGAGCCUUCUCCCUGCCAGCACACACGUUGUGGCCUUUGGUGUCCAUGGAGUCAUAAGCAUCUUUCCUGAUGCUUGUUUUUGCAUGAGAGAGAGAGAAGGGGCACGGGAAGGGCAGUGGCAGGGAAGGCCUCUGACAUGAAAUUCCCAGGAACAGGAUUUGCACAUUUUAUGACCGUUCAGUUGGAAAUGCAAUGGAGCUGAAUUAUUUCUCCUUAAUCCUGGUUUCUCACUUUCCUCCCAGCAGCCUCUUCCCUCGAGUUUAGGUAAUACAGAAGCUUAUAAACAAAUCCCACCGCGUGAAAAAUAGCCAAGGAGGCAGGGGGGAAAAGACCUGGGUUAGGGCUGUGAUGGAUAGACAGGUGGAAAGCAGGCACCAGAAGGGAGGAUGAAUGGUAAAAGCCUUUGAUGGAAACACUAAAGAGCUAUUGAAAAUCCAAGGGGUGGGGGAAGGGAGGAGGAAGAAUAGCAAGAGGAGGGAAAGCAAGGGAGCCGUGCCCCCUUCCCCCCCGCCCUCUUUCUCAGGAUGUUGAAAGUAUUUGUCCUUCGUUACAAAAUGAUUGAACUGCCGCCAGGCCAGGCCACCCUUCCAGUCACUGCGCUAGGAAACUGGCACUUCUGAAAGCCUCGUCGCCUCUCAAAUUUUAUAGCUUUCCCUUUUUUGUGGGAGUUUUUGUGUUGUGCUGCUUGCAGGAUUGUUUUCAGAUUUGCUGCCUAUCAAAGAAACUAUAUUUUGUUGCUCUGACAAACACAGAACCCAGGUAGUAAAGGAAGAAUUAAGAAAAUAAAGGCCCAUUUUUAUCAGAA